AAUGGAGAUGUCUGACCAGGAGGUGAAGGAAUGGUGUGGUCCACGGGAUUUCAUUGUUGGUCAAUCUGUCACUCUUCUUGACCGUGAAUUCUUCAUCUAUGACUGUGAUGAGUUCACAAAGAAUUACUUUUACCAGAACAUUAGGGGGGUGGAGCUUCAUCCCGUUGAUGUCAUCAAGAAACCUGCACCACCAGAGAAAAAGUGGGUUCCUCCAUACAAUGGAUUUGGAUCAGUGGAGGAUUCACUGGGGAAUUGUUUAUCGUUCAUCCCCAAACCACCAAAGAAGGACGUCCGCAAAAUACUGGAAAUGGACAAGAUCAUCCUGCGAUAUGAGGCUAAGAUGGAGUCCAGGAAUCCUGAUGACUGGAAUCGACGUUUUAUCCUCAGCUUCCACGUGGCCACUGAUGAGAUCAGCAUCUUUGAACCUCCAAUCCGGAACUCUGGGAGAAUAGGAGGAAGAGUUUUAUCAAAGAUAAGGAUUCCCAAACCAGGAACCAAUGUGGAAAACCCAGAAUUUUAUACAGCCAAGGAUCUGGCCAUCUGCUCAAUUGUUGAAGUGCUCGGUUGCCGUUUCAUCAUCACUGACGCUGAUGAAUAUGUUCACAAAUACCUGCAAGCGAAUGCUGCAGAAUUUCCGAGUGAAGUUCUCGACUCAUUUCAGCAGAAAGCUCAGGAAAGGAAGGCUCAAAUGGUCCAGGCGUCUCUGGUCCAAGAGUCCCUCCCCAAGACUCAACAGGAGAUGGAUCAGAAAGCUCGCUCUAUGUCAUUUGGUGAUCCAGAGCUUGCUCCUGCUGAGAUGAGCAGCGAGGACUGUGUAACGAUGCCAUCAGAAUGUUGGCAAUUUCUUGACAAGAGACCAUCAAAAGCACAAUCCCAGGGAGAUAACCGCACACUUCAGUACAAGAAAGAUAUCUGCCCACCACAGAACCAGGGAGAUAUCCGUACACCUCAAUAUCAAGCAGGUAUCUGCCCACCACAGAACCAGGGAGAUAUCCGUACACCUCAAUACCAUAGAGAUAUCUGCCCACCAGCAUCCCAGGGAGAUAUCCGCAUACCUCAGAACCAAGCAGAUAUCAGUGCACCUCAAUAUCAAGCAGGUAUCUGCCCACCUCAGAACCAGGCAGAUAUCCGUACACCUCAACACCAGAGAGAUAUCUGCCCACCACCGUCCCAGGGAGAUAUCCGUACACCUUAGUGUGCUCCCAUGGGACUCCAAGAUCAAAAUACAUAUAGGGGAUUAUAACUGUUGAUGUCAAAAGUGGAACAAUGAUCUUUGUAAUUGGGAACAUAAUGCAAACUGAAUAAAGUAAUAUUUGAAACACU